AUGCCGACAGAACUCCCAUACCAUAAAGGAAACGACAGCUCUCGUAGGAACAUUACAACACGGGUCGUAAACUCGGUACGUGUCUGUACUCAGCGUUUUUCCAGCAUGAUACUCGAAGAGCUCGCAGCACUAAUUCUUAUUUUGGCAGUGGCUUCGUUCCAGAACUUUCCCCUAGGAAUCGUAUUAGGACUCAUACUACUCACGCAUCUAGUGGUUGCCCAUAGAGAUUUCCUCUAUCGUGGCCUUCUUACAAUGAAUCGUGACAUCAGUGGUCUGUUCCUGAUACUUGGUCUCAGAUUCGACUUUUGGAAGAGAUUGCGAGAAAAUCGUGGUCUACAAGAGAUUUUCCUCGAAGUCGUCAAGAAAAAUGGCCAAAAAACUGCGAUGAUCGAUAUCGAAACUGGACGGACGUUUACAUUUGAGACCUUCAAUAAGGAAUGCAAUCGAUACGCAAAUUUCUUUCAAGGACAAAAUUUCCGUGCUGGCGAUGUAGUGGCCUUGUUCAUGGAAAAUACGGUGGAUUUCAUUGCAGCAUGGAUGGGGCUGGCUAAAAUCGGUGUGGCCACGGCUUGGAUCAAUAGCAACCUGAAGAGGGAACCAUUGGCGCAUUGCAUUCGGAUGAGUCGAGCAAAGGCAAUCAUCACCACACCACUACUGCAACCAGCACUUCAUGAAGCGAUAGCGGAUAAACUGCUCGAUUGCGACGACUUGGCGUUAUAUGUCAUCGGACAACCCGAAAAUAACUCUCGUUUCGUCCCUUUGACCAGCAAGUUGAAAGAUCAGCAAACUGCCGAACCACGACAAUUGGAUGUGGUUGAUUUCAGAAGUGGGUUCGAAAAAGUUUUCUUCUCUUUCUAG